UCCUGCCUACUCUGCCGCGAGAUUUUUGCAGCUGUUUGGGCUGUGCUGCGGCUCUUCCUGAGACCCGCGCGGGCCAUGGAGCGCCCGGGCCCCCCAGAAGUGACGGGAUCAGACGCGGCGGGACCGGACCCACAAUUGGCGGUCACCAUGGGCUUCACGGGGUUCGGGAAAAAAGCUCGCACAUUUGAUUUGGAAGCAAUGUUUGAACAAACUCGGAGAACAGCUGUGGAAAGAAGUCGGAAAACACUGGAAGCAAGAGAAAAAGAGGAAGAAAUGAACAGAGAGAAAGAAUUAAGAAGGCAAAAUGAAGAUACUGAACCAACAUCUUCAGGUUCCAAUGUGAUGAGAGAUUCUUCAAAAUCAUCAUCCAGGGACUCAAGCAGUAGUGAAAGCGAUGAUAGUUCUGAUUCUUCAUCUGAUGAGCUAAUUGGUCCUCCUGUACCUCUUAAAAUGGUGGAACAAUCAGUUAGUCAUAUGGAGGAAGACAUCCUCAGUUCUCUACCUCCACCUCUUCAUGAAGAAGCUGAAGAAGAUGAUGACAGUGAUUCAGAAGAGGAGGAAAACCCUGUCCAAAGGAUCCCUGACUCUCAUGAGAUAACUCUAAAGCAUGGCACUAAAACAGUUUCUGCUUUGGGUCUGGACCCCUCAGGUGCCCGUUUGGUAACUGGAGGAUAUGAUUAUGAUGUUAAAUUUUGGGAUUUUGCUGGAAUGGAUGCUUCUUUUAAGGCAUUUCGGUCCCUUCAGCCUUGUGAAUGUCAUCAGAUCAAGUCAUUACAGUAUAGCAAUACAGGAGAUAUGAUUCUUGUUGUAUCCGGAAGCUCUCAGGCCAAAGUGAUUGACAGAGAUGGUUUUGAAGUAAUGGAAUGUAUAAAGGGAGACCAGUAUAUUGUGGACAUGGCCAACACCAAGGGUCAUACAGCGAUGCUACAUACUGGCUCAUGGCAUCCCAAAGUCAAGGGAGAAUUUAUGACUUGUUCAAAUGAUGCAACUGUGAGGACAUGGGAUGUCGAAAAUCCAAAGAAACAAAAAAGUGUAUUUAAACCACGGACAAUGCAGGGUAAAAAGGUAGUUCCCACCACAUGCACAUACAGUAGAGAUGGGAGCCUCAUAGCAGCUGCCUGCCAGAAUGGAAGCAUACAGAUCUGGGACCGAAAUUUGACUGUUCAUCCUAAAUUCCACUACAAACAGGCUCAUGAUCCGGGCACUGACACUUCUUGUGUAACUUUCUCCUAUGAUGGUAGUGUGCUUGCCUCUCGUGGAGGUGAUGAUACAUUAAAAUUAUGGGACAUCCGACAGUUUAAUAAGCCACUUUUUUCAGCCUCUGGUCUUCCCACCUUGUUCCCAAUGACUGACUGCUGCUUCAGUCCGGAUGAUAAACUCAUAGUCACCGGGACAUCUGUCCAGAGGGGAUGUGGCAGCGGCAAGCUUGUUUUCUUUGAGCGCAGGACGUUCCAGCGGGUGUAUGAAAUAGACAUCACAGAUGCGAGCGUCGUCCGCUGCCUGUGGCAUCCAAAACUGAACCAGAUCAUGGUGGGAACUGGAAAUGGAUUGGCUAAAGUCUAUUAUGACCCCAACAAGAGUCAGAGGGGAGCAAAAUUAUGCGUGGUUAAAACCCAGCGGAAGGCAAAGCAAGCCGAGACUCUCACCCAGGACUACAUCAUCACCCCUCAUGCCUUGCCUAUGUUCCGUGAGCCCCGCCAACGAAGCACAAGGAAACAGCUGGAGAAGGACAGACUGGAUCCCCUGAAGUCUCACAAACCUGAACCUCCAGUAGCAGGCCCAGGACGUGGUGGACGGGUUGGCACCCAUGGGGGCACUCUGUCGUCAUAUAUUGUGAAGAACAUUGCUCUGGACAAAACCGAUGACAGCAAUCCCCGCGAAGCCAUUUUGCGGCAUGCCAAAGCAGCCGAAGACAACCCAUAUUGGGUUUCUCCAGCGUAUUCCAAGACUCAGCCCAAAACCAUGUUUGCUCAAGUUGAAUCUGAUGAUGAGGAGAAAAAGAAUGAACCAGAAUGGAAAAAACGCAAAAUUUGAAGAAUCUGCUGUGAGAGCUGUUUGCAUGAAUGAGGAUUAUUGGACAUUUUUUUAGUGAAAUAAAAAUACAUUUU